CUGUAGUAGAGUUGUAUUCUAUGAGUAAAGAAAGAGACGGCGGCAGCACCCUAAGCCACCCUCGCCCUCACCACACCUCCGAGAUAACCACAAACACCACAGACAGAGCAGACAGAGAUACAGACAACUACUUACUGAUAAACAGACAGACAGACAAAGACAAUGUCGGUCUCAGCAAAGAUAAACGCGGCCUCUGCAUUCUUGACCGAUGCACCGCCCGGCGAGAUCAAGGAUGUUUACGAGGACAUCAAAGCCCUGGUCGAAGACGACGAGGACGUGCUGGACGGACUAGCAGACGCAUUCGAGAAAUACAAUCUCGAGCAAUUCGUCACCGUCAAAGUUCCCGGAUCCGACAAGACUGUUGUUAUCAGUAGGUAUAAUAUGCUUGAAGACGGCGGGUUUUACGACGCCGAGGUGGGAAAGAAGUUUAAGCUCGAUCAUCGGUCGCUGAAAGUGAGUGAUGUUGAAUCAUACGAAGGAAGUGAAUCAAUCACCUCCCUCACCUCCGAGAUCAAGAGCUACGUGCUCGAGCACUACCCCUCGCCCUCCUCCUACGGCGUAUUCGAGUCCCCCGACGGCACCCUCGCGGUCGUCAUCGUCGGCAACAAGUACAGCCCGCACAACUUCUGGAACGGCCGCUGGCGCUCCUCCUACGUCGUCGACCAAUCGUCCAAGUCAAUCACGGGCACGAUCGCGCUCGACGUGCAUUACUACGAAGACGGCAACGUGCGCCUGACGACAUCCAAGCCGAUCUCAACAAGCUACACUAGCACCGCUGGGAUCGCAAAGGCGAUUGCGGCGGCGGAGCGCGGGUAUCAGGAGGACAUCAAUCGCGAGUUUGCGGGGCUUAGCGAUGGCGCGUUUAAGAGUCUGCGCAGACAGUUGCCGGUGACGAGGUCGAAGAUUGAGUGGGGCAAGUCUAUAGGUGCGUACCGUCUUGGGCAGGAUAUCGGAGGGGGGAGGUCGAAGUGAUCAGUAUCCUGAGAUGGACUGAGGUGAGAUGAGGAGACGGAGAGAUGAAAAGUAGAUCAAUGAUAGUUAAGAUCGUGUUAGAUCAAUGAUAGUCUUAGAUCAAUAUCAAUACAAUCAAUACAAAA